UCCGGGCGCGCGCGGAAUGUGGGCCGUGCGCGCCGCCGUCCGCCCGGGGACUUGGCUCUCCCGGGUGGUUCGGGGCUGCAGGGCUCCGAGGGCCGCGCCGCCGCUGCCGCCCCGUCCCGAGCGCGCGCUCGCCGCCUUCCGCGGGGGUCCGAGGGGCCCAGAGGGGCGAGGGGCUGCAGAGCCGGGCCCACGUGCGGAUGGCGGGAAAGGUCGGGCUGGAGAAGAGAAGGAGGAGGACGAGGAACCUGAAGAUGAGGAAGAGAAGGAGGAGGCGCUGCUGAGAAGGGACCCUCUGUUGCCGGCGGGGACCCAGCGCGUGUGCUUGGUUCACCCCGAGGUCAAGUGCGGACCCGGAAAGCCGCAGGGAAGCCGAGCUGAGUGGCAGGUGGCUGAGGCACGAGCGCUGGUGCACACGCUGGAUGGCUGGUCGGUGGUGGAGACGAUGGUGGUGCCCACCAAAACGCCAGACAGGAAGCUCAUCUUUGGCAAAGAAACCUUGGAGCACCUGACGGAGAAGAUCAGAGGGUCCAAGGAAAUCACUGCCGUCUUUCUGAACGUGGAGAGGAUGGCGACGCCCACGAAGAAAGAACUGGAAGCUGCCUGGGGCAUGCGGGUGUUCGACAGAUUCACGGUGGUUCUUCACAUUUUCCGGGGCAACGCCCGCACCAGGGAGGCCCGGCUGCAGGUGGCGCUGGCCGAGCUCCCCCUCCUCAGGUCUCACCUGAAAAACAAUGGUGCCCCCCUGGACGGACGAGGCAGAGGCUCUCGCUACAUCAUGGGAUCAGGAGAAUCUUUCCUGCAGGUGCAACAGCGUCUCCUGAAAGACAAGGAAGCCAAGAUUCGGAGGGCCCUGGAGAGGCUCCGGAGGAAGAGACUUCUCCUGGGGAGGCAGCGGAGGCGGCGGGAAUUUCCUGUGAUCUCUGUGCUCGGAUACACAAACUGCGGAAAAACCACGCUGAUCAAGGCCCUGACAGGGGACGCCGCAGUCCAGCCUCGGGACCAGCUGUUUGCAACGCUGGACGUCACGGCCCACGCGGGGUCGCUGCCCUCCCGCUUGACAGUCAUCUACAUGGACACCAUUGGGUUCCUCUCCCAGCUGCCCCACAGCCUCAUUGAGUCCUUCUCUGCCACCCUGGAGGAUGUGGCCCACUCGGACCUGCUCGUCCACGUGAGAGAUGUGAGCCACCCUGACACCGAGCAGCAGAAGGCCAGCGUCCUGUCGGCCCUGCGGGGCCUGCGCCUGCCGGCUGCGCUCCUGGACUCCAUGGUGGAGGUGCACAACAAGGUGGACCUGGUGCCCGGGCACAGCCCCGUGGGACCACACGCUGUGGCCGUGUCCGCCCUCCUGGGGCUCGGGCUGGAGGAGCUGAAGGCCAAGCUGGAGGACGCGGUUCUGAGAGCCACGGGGAGACGGGCCCUCACCCUCCGUGUGCAGCUGGCGGGGGCGCAGCUGAGAGAAAACUGACCCUUGUUGAACCGUUCCUGACACAAACGCGAGGUGAUCGCGGUCGGAUCCAGCGGGUCACUGAGUCGUUCUCGUUAUUAAACGUGCAGCCUCACCUCCACUCGACCUUCCGCAUGAGCUCCUCGGGGCCGAGCGGCCAGUUCGAGGCCGAGGCAGCCCGGGGGGCUGCCCGUGAGUUUCUCUUUCUGGAUCUCAGGCGCCUCCGUUCAGUGAGGACCACCGAGCACCCAAAGCAGCAGCAGAUUUUCUCGUGGAAAAUGACGCAUCUGACCUCCAGGGAGCGCGUUCCAACGGGGGUGAAGUGUCAUCGUCACGACGCCCUAAGAACCCAACCCCGAAGCCCCCGGGUUAUGGGACGGGGUUUCAGAUCAGAGCCGCAGAGGACUCCCCGGUGCCCUCUUAAGACAGACGUGACCCUGACAGCACCGUUGGGUCGGUCCUUCGACCGAGACGUAUUUUGCUGACCUCGGAGUUCGUGAAACUCCUGGCCAUCAGGAAGCGGAGCAAAGGCCUCGUGGAUGAUACCCAGCCUCCCUCGGGACCAGGGGACAGGGGAUGUCGAGUCCCCACAGGGUCUAACUUACGGAGGCUUCUGAGCCGACCAGCAGAGGCCGAACGCUGCAGGGACAGCGUGUUCCAGCACCGGGAGAGGGGAUGCCAUGCAGGGACUGGGGGCCCCCGGGGGUCAGGAGGCAGAACGCAGAGCCCACAGAGUGUCCGCAGGCACAGCAGUGCAGACGGGAUGGCACUGGUUAGUCUGACGGGCUCCCGGGGCCCGGGGCUGCAGGCGUGGCCUCUGGUCCCUGGGCCCGGCCCUGGGUGCUGGGAGGGGGAAAGCUGUCCUGCCUGUGCGACUUGGACAGAGGGUGGCCAGCUCCCACGGGGCAAGUAAGUUGUUUUGUCCUCGGGGGUCAGCGAGCCCUCCAGGGACAGCCUCCUCUAUACGCCCGCUCCAGGUCUGCAGGGCCCCAGAUGUCAGAGCGUCAGGAACACAGAACAUAAAAAAACAGUUAACAUGAUGAACAGACGCCAGAUACGAGUCAGAAAAGGCCCAGAACUAGGCCAGCCUGGAAACUGGCAAACAUCCCCCGGGGCCCUGGGAGGACAGGAGGAGUUCCAGGUGUGCAGGGACCCAGGGGUGCAGGGCCUAGGGGUGCAGGGACCCAGGGGUGCAACAGGCCAAGUGCUCAGGACAAGUUGGCUUAAGAUCAGCGCCUGAGGGAGCAGGGCAGCGCACACCUGGGCUGGAGUGCUGGGUGGACAAGGGAGGUG